AUGUCAGAUAGUUUAAGCAGAUAUAGAGAGAAUAUAAUAUUUAGUGCAUUUUCAGAUAGCUACCCCAACGGUACGAUAACCCAUAUUAAUGAUGCUUUGGACACAUUCAACUGUGAUCCUCGAGGAAAUACAACAUUUGUUGUUCAUGGAUGGUUAGAAUCUAUUGACAGGCCUUGGGUCAGACCAAUGAUUAAUGAAUUUUUGAAGCUUCGUGGAAAUUGUGUGUUUUUUAUGGAUUACUCUGUUUAUUCAUCAGGAGGUUAUUUUGUGUUAACACCGCAUUUCAAUUCAAUUGCCAAUUUAUUGAGUGAAAAAAUUUUAAAAAUUUCUGCACCACAAAAUGUUGUGCUUUUUGGUUUCUCUUUUGGCGCCCGUUUAGUAACAAAAGCAGGUGUGCUCAUUGCAAAUUCGGAAGCAACAAAAAUUGAUAGAAUAUAUGCAUGUGACCCUGCUGGUCCUGGUUUCGAUCCUGUAUACAGACUAGAUCCAAAAAGAGCAGCAAAUUUCAUACAAUGUAUUCAUACAAGUAAUACUUACGGAACAAAAGUAUACAAUUGUCAUCAAGAUUGGCGCAUGGGUGUUUGUGGACAUAAACAAAUUGGAGCCGGUCCUUUUCCUUAUGGUUCUCAUGGACUGUGCCCAUAUUUUUUCCUGUCAUCAUUUUCCGAAGAUUUUAUUCAAAAUAAUGCACAUGACUGUAGAUCACGUCGGCUUCCAAAAGAUUUUCCCAAUGACUUGAUUAUGGGACCUAGAGAAUCGAGACUUAUUCAUGCUGGCGAUUUUUUUGCACCUACUGCCAAAAGCCCUCCAUGGUCAGGAUUUAUAGAGUCAUCAAGGAAAAAUGAAAUCGACUUUUUUGAGGACGAAGAUGUUUUUGGAGAAGAGUAUUAUAAUGAACUGAAAGAAUUAUUUUAA